AUGAGCGCCUCCUCCUCCUCCUCCUCCUCCUCCCCCCCCAGCAGCAGCAAAAGCCAGACCGAUCCCCUCGCGGAACCCGCUACCGCUGUCGGCGUCGCAGGAGGCGCAGCAUUUGCAGACUGCGCCCAAGGCCGCACCUUCUCCGCGCCUUUUCUCUGCCGCGGACCCCUCCACGUGAUGAACAACUGCAUGAAGAUCCACGCCACGCCCGAGGAACAGGACGCCGCGAGGGAGGAGUGGUUUGAGAAGCGGGUGGAGAGACAAAAGGAAAAGGAGAGGAAGGCGAGGAGGAAGCUGGAGCAGGAGAAGUUUUUGAGGGAGUGGUGGGGUUUGCCGGAGAAGGAUAGGGAGAUUGCGAGGAGAGAGAUGGAGAAGUUGGAACGGCCGGAGAGGAUAGGGGGGUUUGUGAGUGAGAGGAGGAAGAGGUUUGGGGAAGAGGGGGGGGAGGGGAGGUGA